AGCACUUCCAUAGAGAGAUGAGAAAGGAGUGUGUUCCCAUAGUGACGAGCUCUUGGAGUGGUGAAACAGAAACGCCAACAUCAGUCAUUCAGAGUAAGAAUCAGCAUUCUCUUCAAAAUAUGAAUGCAUAAUGUAGUAGGUGCAAUCAAAUGGCUGCCUCUCAAUUUACAACCAUUAGUUCACCUCAGUGCUGCACACACUGACCCUCUGAGGCACCUAGAGCCUUCAUCAACAGCAUCCUUAUGACCGCCUUAAUUAAGAGGGUGUAGUUGAUGAGGUUAAGACAAUGUACUGUGAUCAACAAAGCGCUGAUGAGUGCCCAUUUAGCCUUCAUGAAAUAACUCAGUGGGGAAUAAUACCAGAAGUCAGUUCAAAGCCAGUCACCCAAGUGACUACUGGACCUGGACAAAGACUGUGAAAGCAUGUUACUUCAGGACGCAGCCAUGUUUAUGCAUUUGUGUGCUUCCUGUUAGACAUGAAAAGACAUAAAAACGUAAACGUGGUUGGUAUUUUGCAGCGUGAUUCCAGUAUGUUUAGACUUGAUAUACUUAACUCCUUUCAGGCCAAUAAAAAGGGGCGCUCAGACCACAACCAUGUCUCAGCAGUGGCAAAAGUGUAAUAUUCCCACGGGAUCCUGGAGGCGACAGUCCUCAGCACAAAGAGUGGUUGAAAUCGUGGUUUCGUGGUUGAAAUCAAAUGUUGCUCUCCUUGUACAUCUCAAACACGUGCCAGAAUUCCAGCUCCACAUCUCCAUGGCAAAAUGUGAUCAAAUUUCAUGUUGUUUUGCAUGCAGCGGCAUGUUUCCAUGGUCACCAGUGUGUUUGCAGUAGUUGGACAGUGCGUGUGUGUGUGUGUGUGUGUGUGUGUGCCUGUGCUGUAGUAGUGAAACUACUCUCAAACUCUAUUAAAAUGGUAAAAGGUGGAAAGCGAUAUUCUUCGAUGAGCAAUGAUGGCAAAUGGGUAAGAAAUGAUUCAUUUCAACACAUAAUCAGAUCAUUACAAAUCAAAACAUUCGAACCUGGCUGUGUAAUAAGCUUUUCUUUCAUUUCUUUCUCAGUUUGCUCAUCCAGUAUUACCAGAAGAUGAGACCAGGAGUCGGGAGCUUUGUACAAGCACUGGGACCAUGCUGACUCAGGUUCAAUCAUCAUUGCCUCAGGCUUUGAACAUAGAGCGCUAUCCUAAAUGGAGAACUCAGCAGAAAUCCAGAGAAUAUCCAUUCUCCGACCAUGACAACAAGCGUGCCUUCAAAGACGACAUCUCGGUCUUCAGUCAUGGUGUGGGGCUCAGGAAGUGUCUCGGUGAGCACAGUCAGCAAAACACCCUCUUCUGCUUGUGCGACGAUGGAGCUUACAGCAGCCCCGAAGGGACUGGGAGGAACAUUACGGUCCACCAGGCUGACUUUACGAUGAAGCAGGCUGUUAAUGUUCCAACCGGCAACAGGCGGUUCCCCCGCAACCACAAGCAGAAGUCUGCAGAGGCAGCUUUGUCGCAAGCAGGGGAGACAUUCCUGUGGUUUGGACGACACGACUCCAACCACUCGGAGACCCUGCAAGCGCGAGCAGCUACCAACUGCUCCGCACCAUCCCAGCCCUAAGAUAGCAGUAGAUGGCUCACUGAGUUGGCGCAGCAUAGAAGGGGGUCAGGUGAACUUUGUGGAGGUCCAGCUGUCAAAUAAAUAAUCUUUUUCAGAAUCAGAAUACAUUUUUCUUCUUUGCCAAAACCGAGUGCCUACAUUACCCAUAGUGCAACUGGACCACAGAUGGCUCAGUCAGAUGUUUGGGUGUGUUACGCUAGUUGCAGCCUGGAGCUGCUAACCUCAAGCGGACUAAGCGCACUGUUAUGAAUAAUAGCAUGUGUCGUGAGUGCAUAUGAAAGUACGCUAACAUGAAUUAUGUGAAGCAACUUUUUACAAGUUUCACCGUCAUGGAACUUUUCUUAAGUGCGAAAAAGGGGAGCAAUGAAAUUGUUGCUAUGGAAGUAUCUAAAACCUAAUCAUAGGCGUUCAUGAUCCUCUGUGGCCAUUGCAGAGCAGUAGAACGUCACAGUUUCACCAGCAGAGGGCAGCAGAUCUGCACGAGUUAUCGGUUGGCCUGUUAAUCCACUGAGUUGUUCAUUAACCAAGCUGUGUGAGAAAUGUAAUAACCAAAACCCCUGUGUAAUGUGCAUGCUCUGGAGAAAAUGCGGGGGGGGAAAUAAUUAGAAAAAUAAACCAGCUAUUUUUAUCCAAUGCACAUCAAUAUGAAGACAUUAAUUUAGAGCAUGUUAAAUAAAUUAGGUUUGAUUUGAGUCAUAAUUCAUGGGUUUGUUUCACCCGUGAGGAUGAAAGAGAUGGAUAUGUGUGCGUGUGUGUCUCCUAUAGGAGAGGAGAAAGCGUGGGAGAAUAACGGAGAGCACGGCUCAAAGAAAGGCACUUAAGUGAAGAGCAUCCCCAACCACUUUCUCCAGUAGCUGAUGUUUUCUCCAGAGUACGUUCUGACCAGCUGCUUUCUGUCUUUAAGUAGCCAUCAGGGAGAUGGGUUUUUUCUCCCAAGCUUUGUUUCAGCUGUGCUAAUUAGCUGAUCCGCACACGGCACCAACCUUGUAGGAGUUUGUUUCACUUUUAAAAGGUGACAUACAGCUCAUGCUUCUUCUUUUUAAAUGGCGAGAGACAAAAGAUGUGAGACAUCCAUUUGGAGCCGCUGCCCCUUUG